AUGUGGAAAGUACUCUUCCAUUUAAUUGGAGCUAUACAGUUCUCCUACGGGUGUUAUUAUGACUUCAUGUAUGUCAGAAUACCGAGCACUUCAGCAUCAUCAGUUACCCCUUAUGGCGGAAAACUUAAAUAUCUGACUUAUUUGAACGCAAUGCUUCAAACAGCGUAUUUCACGGUUGCGCUUUUAAAUGAUAUAGUCGGAACAAACGAACCGAUGCCGGCGAAUAAGCCCUUUAUACGACGCCUAAAAGAUGCUACAUUCAGUGCUCUGGCUUUCCCUCUAUCUAUGUUUGUAGGUAUCACAUUUUGGGGCAUUUACGCUAUCGAUAGGGAGCUUAUAUUGCCUAAAGCAAUUGAUGCAUAUUUUCCCUUGUGGUUGAAUCAUGUUAUGCACACAAAUAUUGUCAUUUUUGUUAUAAUUGAACUGCUUUCAUCAUUCAGAAUGUAUCCUCCAAGAAAAGUAGGCCUGUCAAUACUUACAUUUUUCAUGCUUGGAUAUGUUAUCUGGAUGCAAACCAUAUAUUUCAAAACAGGUAGCUGGGUAUACCCCGUCUUAUCUGUUAUGAACUGGCCAGUCAGAAUUAUCUUCUAUCUGUUCAGUCUAGGUUUUGUAUGGUCAUUAUAUUCUGUCGGUGAAACUUUGAACAGGAGUGUGUGGUCGAAGGAGGUUGAAUCGACUGUAAGGUCUGGCAAGAAGAAGGCCAAAUAA